GCAGCGCGCAUAUUUAUAGUUGCAUUUUGCAAAAGUAAAAUUUAACUGGCAAUGUGCUCUUGAUACCUACAAAAAAGUAAACAUAUUGAAAUGCAAAUUCAACAUUACUCGCACUACUACAAUCACUGCGUAUACACGGGGGAAUUUAAUCAAAAUCAACAUCAUCAUUCACCACAACUUUGCUUCUUGCACUGAAAUCUGUUUCUCUCGCUGGUAAACUCAUCAUCUUGGGCAUUUGGUAUAAAAGCAGUCUGAGGAUUUGCAACAAGUUUAGUUUCUUCCGUGGCGUCCAACAAAACGGAGAUACCGUUCACAGAGAUUAUACGCACAUAUCCAAGAUGAUGGAACGUUUGAUUGUGGUUUUUAUCACUGCUGCCGCAAUGUGUGGUACAAAAGCAUCGCAAUCGUACCAUAGUUUUGCAGAACCCCGUGCUGAUCCACCCAAUGUCAAGGGGCACUACAGCUAUUCAGAUCCACAUGGAGCUAUUUUUCACGUCACCUAUGAAACAGACAAGAAGAGUUCAGCAAAAUCCACCUCCGAUCGAGAUUUCACUGACUUUGGAGGGCCCUUCAGUGCUAAAAGAAAUCCACAAAAUACAAACUUCAAUAGACCAAUUUACAUUGUAAAUACCGACAAUGAUGAAGAAAAGUACAAUGAUAAAUUGAAUUAUCAAACAUCAUCCACAACAAAAUCACCCUUCAAAUAUGGAGGUUUUCACUUCUCCACAACGCCUAGUCCCCACUACAAUAGCUUGCCAACAUCCCAAAAACCAUCUGUAAUCAGCCAUACCAAUAACAAUGCGAAUCAGGGAAGUUUUCGCCCCGUAAUGACAAAAUUCACGGUAAAUCAUCCAAAUCCACCGCCGAAGCAGAAUCAAGGAAACUUAAUAAGUAGUCGUUACCAGCAAUACUACGAGGAUGAAGAAGAAUACGUUGAUACGAAACGUGAUACAGUGAAUGUAGCCCCAGUGUCUGAUAAGUAUCUCAAUGACUACCAACAAGCCCUGUCAAAAUUGCAAGCAGCAUCGUCAAAUAUUGCUCGACGACCAGCAAAUACGCCAAAGAGUCAAAUUAAGAAAUACAACGGCAUCCCACCCAAUGCACCCAAUAAUUAUCUCAUUCCAAAGAAUAAACCCUCCCAAAAACCCAUUGCUGAUCCUGAUCCAAAGAAUUUUAAGCCCAAAUUCAAAUUGCAGCAUGUCCCCAAUUUGUACCCCAAAGAUGAGCCAUCAUUUAAGCCAUCAAUGGAAUUCCCCCCCGAUAAGGUUUCGUCAUCGAAACAAAAGGAAUACUUCGAACCACCCCCGAAGUACGUCUACACCAAUGAUAAUGUGCAAUACUACAAUGUAGAUGGUGGUGCAGUUCCACCGUCAAAGAGUCAAAAUCCACAGCAGUACCUGAAGAGACAGAAUCAACUGAAGUUGCAGCAGCAAAUGAUCAUGGAGAAAAUCAAAAAGUCUCGUGCCCCCUACAGCUACGGUCAGGCGAGUCAAACGAACUUCCGUCCCAUUGUACCCCAACAACCGCCACAUAGAUUCAGUGCACCAAGGAGGAAACCAUCGAGAGCUUUUACACCUGCCGCUGCGAGAACCCCGUACAAAUCAAGGCCAAUCAUCGAUGGACCUUAUUCCAUUCGCAUUUCCAUGUAAUUUCUCUCAUUUUUCAUGUUUUCACUAGCAUACAUGCAUUAAUGUAAGUGAUGAUGUUCAUACAAUGCUAAUUUUGUACCAAUUUUGUUAUAACGGUUUGUUAUGAUAUUAUAAUUU